AUGAAAGGUGACCUUCGAGCGUUUUCGCAGCUUAAAGAGUUGUUAAAGAACGACAAUCAGAUUGAGAAUAGUUGUCAAGUUAUACGGACGUGUUUUAGUCUAUUCUGUAAGUCUAUUCUGACAAUAAACACCACCAUAAAGAUGAUUAAAUUAGAAAUGCCUCCAUUUAAAGAAAUAUUAAAAGAUACUGGAGGAAACGAACAACUUCUAGAAGAGCUACUGAUUAAACUUCGACUAUGGUUGAAGCAGCAAAUUCAUCUUCCUGAAGAUAUCUCUGAAAAACGAUUAAAGUUCUACAUUUACAGUGCAAAAUUUAAUUUAGAAAAAGUUAAGAAACGCUUGGAUUUGCAUUAUACUCUUCGUAAUCUAAUUCCGGAGAUUUUCACAACUCGUGACCCAUUGGCCGACCGUAUGCUUAAAAUAAAUACAUAUAUACAAUGUGUGACCCUACCAAUAUUAACACCAGAAAAUUAUAGAAUCACUAUGGUACGGUGGUUACAUUCCGACAGUUCUGUAGUUGAUCUAUAUGAUGUUAUAAAAUAUUACAGCAUGAUAAUGGAGACACGUAUAGAGGAAGAUAUAGUUAAUUCCGAUGUUAUAAUUUACGAUUGUACCAAUUUGACUUUCGGUCAUGUAUUGAAGUAUACACCAGUUGCAAUGAAAAAACUCGACAUUGCUCUGGAAUCAUACGGUUCAAGAAUGAAAGCAAUUCAUGUGAUAAAUACACCAAGUUUUUUUGAUGUCUUAUUGAAAGUAGUUAAAUCAGUAAUGAAAGCAAAACUUGUUAACCGAAUACAUCUUCAUAUAUCCGGAAUAGAAUCAAUAUAUGGGAUUAUACCAAGAUCUCUUUUACCAGUAGAAUAUGGCGGUGAACAACCAUCACUGAAUAUUUUAUCUGAUAUGUGGAAAGCAAAAUUGAUAGAACGAAGAGAAUGGUUCCUGAAGGAAGAAAAAGUUAAAGUUAACGAAUCUCUCCGAUCAAAGUCUGUAAUAAAUCCGGAGGAUCUAUUCGGAGUUUCUGGAACAUUUCGAAAAUUAGACAUUGAUUAACGUGAAUGUUAUUUUAAAGAUAUAGAUAAUAAGAUUUAUGUUAUCGGAUAUAUACAUACAGAUAUAUGCA